UUUACACAAAAUGAAAUGAAAAUGGCCGACUGAGUAUAGAAGCGGCUUGCUGUCAAAAUAUUAAAAAUAAAUUAUAACGCAUUAGAGCAACUUUUAUAUAAUUAGACGAUUCUAAUGCCACUUUUUAUCGUAUUGACCGGAUGAAUUCAGUCAUCUUCACUUCGAAUGCUCCAAAAUUGGAUUCGCAAAGGUCAUUUACACCUUUGCCAACUCGCUUCGUGUCUGCGUUCUGAGGCACCAGCGGACGGUCCGGCCGCUCUCAAGAGACCGCCAGGAUGAGUGAGGACGGCAGUGAGGGCUCGGCGACACCGCCGAGGCCGCAGCGGCGCAUCAAGAAAGUGAUGGUGCUAUCAUCCGCCUCAGAGUCCGACAGUGACGAGAGCGAUGGCCCGACGCGGACCCGAAAGAGGCGCCUACGGGUGGUGAGUGAAGAUGAGGGCGCCAGCAGCAGCGGGAGCUCUGUAGGCGCGCGCCGGCGCCGCGCGCUGCCUCAACUCCGCGACUCGGACGCCGACAGCGAUGGGUCAGUCGGCCCGUCCCCCUCCGCCCCUCCCAAGCCCGCCUCAGGCUUCGCCUCAGACAGCUCGGAGGGCAAUUCUGACAAAUGCUCCAUCUGUCUUAUGAGAUUUACAGAACAAGAAGUAGGCACACCUGCGAACUGCGAGCACAUAUUCUGUUUAGAUUGCAUCACAGAAUGGUCCAAGAAUGUGAACACUUGUCCCGUGGACCGCAUCACAUUUGAUUCUAUAGUAGUGAGGACUUGUGCAGGUGGACGGGUGUUGCGUUCAGACCCUGUUCAGGUCACAGACCGCCGCCCCUCUGUGGAGAUGCUUGUCAUUGAGGACCCAACCGUUUGUGAGAUCUGUGGCAGUAUGGAGAACGAAGACUCGAUGCUGCUGUGUGAUGGCUGUGACCUGGGUUUCCACAUGCAGUGUCUCACACCUCCACUAUUUGAAAUCCCCAUAGACCAAUGGCACUGCCCAAGCUGCAUCAGCCGGGGUCUGCACAACAUUGGGAGCUUGGAAGACAUUAUAUAUCUCUCGGAGGUGGAUGAUCUCUUUACUGGUAUUGCUGAUAUGGAACUCCCGCAGGGCCCACGAGCUGUGCCUCUCAGACAGCCUAGGGAAGUUAGAAGAUCUUCAAGAAACCAGUCGACGUCGGAGCCGUCCACGUCGUCGUCGCGGCGCGGCGCGCCGGCGGACGCGGCCGGCCCCGGCCCCGGCGCCGCCCGGCGCGCGCGCGCCCCGCCGCGGCGGCGCCGCAAGCCCGCCCGGAGGAGGACCAACACUGUCAUCAUCGAGUAUGAGAUCGAGGAGAACGGGAAGUUCCCUAUUACCAGACGGGUGAAGAGGACCGUUAGGAAACGGAAGAUCCGCAAGCGGCGCCCCCGCACGGCCGCGCGCCGCACGCUGGUGCGGCGGUCCGUGCGCGCGCAGCUGGCCGCGCUGGCCGCGCCCGCGCCCGCCGCCGCCGCCGCCGCCGCCGCCGCCGGGGCCACCGACCUGCACGUCAGGAGGGCCAGGGCCGGCAUACCGACUUUAAAUCUGUUCGGCUCCGAGAGGGACCUGGAGUAUUUUUCGGAUGAUGAAGUGGCGUCGGAGGGAGCAUCGACGGUGGCAAGGGCGGUGCGGCCGAAUGCGGCCGUCUUUAGUGCUUAUAGACAGGCUCGUCGUAAGAUGGUGUCGGUGCCAUCCCCCCCGCACGCCGCAGCCGCCCCCGACCUGCUGUCCGACAUACUGGAGAGCCAGGCGCUACUGCACUCCAAGCGUUCUGUGGUGUCCGUGGCGGUGGAUGGCCAGAUCAGCAUCAAACUGCGCGGCGAAGGCAGAGUCGAUGUUAGCAAGGCCUCCGAGCCGCCGCUGCGCUCGGCGCCGGCGCACGGGCAGCGCGGCGGCUGGGGCGGCGGCUACAGCGGGAACUACCACCGCGAGCAGAGCGCCAACAACUUCGGUCGGGGGUACUCGUACGGCCCCAACGGCGGCGAGAACACGUACCCGAACCGCGGGAACAGCUACGGCGGCGCGCGGCGCGAGGAGGAGGCGUGGGGCGGCUUCCCGCGGCGGGGGCCCCCGGGCCCCGCCCCCGGGCCCCCGGGCCCCGCGCCCGGCCCCGCCUGCGCGCGCCCCCGCCGCCCCGAGCCCCGCCCGCAGGCGCCGCCGCACAGAUUAGACAACAGACACAGCCUGGGCCCCGCCUGGCCGCGGGCGCGGCCCGACGCCCCCGGGCCGCACCGGCACUCGUUCGGGGGCUUCGACAACCCGCUCGACAUGCGCGUGGCCCCCCGCCACCACCCGCCGCCGCCCGCGCCCGCUCAGGAGCGCCCCUUCCGACCGCUGCCCGAACCCCCCGUCUUCGCCUUCGACAAACUACCCGAAGAAAAAUCAGAGGACGGGAGCGACUCGAGUCUAGUAAUUGAUACAGAAAAAUAUGAUCCGACCGAGCCGACACAUGAUGAUGACGAGGACGAGGAACCACCUCAAACAUCAGCACCAGUCUUCGGUCCAUUACCGGCCCCUCCGGUACCUCCAGAAAUCGAUUCACCCCCUAAAUCCCCCGAAAUAACACCACCACCUACCCCUAUCACUUCAGUGCCACCGCUCCCCCCUGCUCCGGCCCUCCCGGCUGGUUUACUAGAUACAGCCGUCAGACAAGUCUUACAGGAGCACAGAGCGCUUAUGGAACCGCCGCAGAAUAACUCCGAUGACGAUUCCGAUGGAGAUUGCCCUAACUUCUCUAUUUAUUCCGCCACGAGCGUACAUAUAGCUAGUGCGGGCUCUUUGGCGCCCCCUACAGCGCGCACUAAACCCGAUCUUGACAUGACUGAUUUAGUACAAGAAGAUGACGAACCAGUUAAAACUCCUGAGGAAGAAAUCAAAACUCCCGAACCGAUACCGACAAAAAAAGACGACUACAAAGAAAAGGUUUCCAAACGCUGCCCUAUAACACCCAACACCCGAGAUCCGAUCAAAAUUAAAUUAAAUACUCCCUCGCUUAUAAAACGUGUUAGUCUUUAUGAUGAUGAGGAUGUCGCUGAACGAACUGAGGAACCAAUUGCAGAGCAGCCAGAAGCUCCGGAACCGAAAAGUGAUGAUGUAAAAACUUCAGAAGAGCCCCCAGAAGAUGAGAAAGAUAGUGAUAAGAUGGUGAUGCUAACGGAUGAAAAUAAAGAAGAUGAUACUGAGGAAAAGGAAGAUGACAAACAGGACAGAGAAGAUGAUGAAGACGACAAAGAGGGAGACAAUGAGGAAAAAGAAGAGGAAGAAAAUGCCGAUGAAGCUAAUAUCAGAAGUCCAACGCCAAAAGAAGAUAAGACACCAGAAAGGCCAGCGGAGGAACUUGAAGAAGGGGAAAAACAAAAUGGAACUGCCACUCCUACUAGUGAGCGUUCACCUUCUCAACAUUCUACACAUUCCCCUCGUUCCCCACAUUCUCCACGUUCUGACGACGGAACGGAGAAGGAAUUAGCGGCUAUAGCUGAUGGUGAACAUACUGAAGGUGCUCCAGAAAAAAUGACCGAAUCUAUUAGUGAAACGGAAGACGAACGCUCAUACACGCCAUGUUUAGACGAGAAUCAGAGCAAGGAUGACUUGAGACUAGAGGGCGAGGCGCUCGGCACAGAAAUGAUUUCCGAAGAUGAAGCUAACGGGGUAUUCAGUGACGCCGCUGGCUCUCCGACCCCGCCCGAGCCGGACGGCAAGAAAAAGAAACGCAAAGAAGGCAAGAAAGACGGAAAGACUAAGAGUAAAGGGAAGAAAGAUAUAGCGUUUAGAAAGUUGAGCAAAUCGGGCCGCGAGCGCAGCUAUAGAGAUAAAGACAGGCGACGGCGGUCAGCGUCCGGCUCCCCGCGCCGGGCGGCCUCGGAACGACGCAGACGCGAGAAACGCAAGGAUUUAGAGAGAUACGACGUCAGGUCAGUCGUCACAGAGAAGAGAAAGAAACAGAAAGAUCCGUUCGGAAGAGAUGUGUCCCCAGCACGUUCCGCGUCGCAUUCGCCGCAGCCGGAGCGUCGGUCUCUAUCACGCGCGCGUCGAUCUAUAUCACGCCCGCGUAGGUCGCUGUCGCGUCCGCACAGAUCUUUAUCGCGCGUCCGCCGGUCGUUGUCACGUGUCAGACGCUCGCUAUCGCGGCGCCGGUCGCUGUCGCGCGCUAAACGCUCCAUAUCCAGGCGGUUGACACCUAGUCCGCGACUUCGCCGAGCGAGUUUACGCUCGCUCACGCCGUUGUCGCCGCGCGGAUCGCCUCCAAGACGCUCUGUAUCGCCGCGCCGAGUCCGCAAGCGCCGCAAGUCGCCAUCGCCGAGGCGAAGGAUGUCUCCUCGCAGACGGGAACCGUCGCCCGUUCGCGCUCGCAAACGAAGACGCUCCGCCAGCCCCAAGAAGACCGGUAAGAAGAAGAAGCGCGCCCGUUCGCCUCCAGCGACCGCGGCCCGUCGCCGGGAGGAACUUCGACGCAAAUCACCCAAGCGUAAAAAGAAGAGACGCAGCCGUAGUCGCUCACCAGAGCUGUCCCCCGGUCCGCCGGCCGGUUGGUCGCCCCUGUCAGUCGAUUCGCGACUGCUGUCGCCGCGCACGCCGCCCCCGGACGCGUCGCCGACCAAACGUCUCGGCAAACGCAAGCGCAAGGAGCCGCGCCGCCGCGAACGCAUCAAACACAAGCGCGGCAAAGACCAACCCGCGCCCAGCAAAGAAGUAUUCACAUCCGGGGACAAUAUACUCGUUAGUGUUAGUUUCGCCGAGCAGCAAAAGACGGUCGGGCCGGCGGAAAGACGUAAGCACCGGGAGGCGCGGCGCGAGAAACGCAAGCGGCGACGAACGGCGCUAGCUGCCGACGAUAACGCUAAACCUGUAGCUAUCAUCGAUUUAGAACGCUCGCCGUUCCGCGAGCUGACUCCCUCUCCCAAAAACGUGAUCGUGCUCAGCGAUAGCGACCACGGCGAGAAAGAACCUGCCGUACAAAAGGAGCCCGAGCCCGCUCCGGCGGCGCCGGCGUUCGCUCUGGGAGCCGUCGGGCCUAAAACACCACCGGAGCCCGCCGCUCAACCUGCACCCGCCCCCGUCAAGUUUAGCCUCGCAGCUAAGCCCGGUACAGCGCCUCGAGCGCCCAACCCACUCAGAGAAGACGAGGAACCGGCGCCGGCUGAAGCUGAAAACGGUCCUAACACACCACCGGAACCUCCAGAUUCUCCAGACGCCUACGAUCCGUUUGAACCGACUAGAUCGGCGUCAGCUUCGCCUGCCCGAGCGGCGUCGCCCGCGGCGGCCGAGGCGUCGCCCGAGCGGCCCAGCAUGACGCUGGAGGCGGCGCAGCGGACCAAUCUAUCGGCGGAUGAUGUCAUCGCGAGAAGGCCGUUGUCGCCUAUUGAGAAGGUGAUGGCCCUCCUGCAGUCGACGCGCGACGAGUCCCCCGAGCCGGUGCCCGCGGCCGGCCAGCACGCGCCCGCCCCCGCCACGCCCGCGCCCCCCUCGCACGCCGCCCACCCCGCCCACGCCGCCCCCGCCGCGCCCGCGCCGCGCAUCGUGCUGCCCGAGCCCGCCCGCGCCCAGCCCAAGCUCUUCCUCGCCAAACCUUCCCCGAUCAAAUCCAACCCUAUCAAACCCAUGCAGGCUACGAAGAUCUCCAUGCUGCCCUUACCCCGGCACGAGGGCGGGGACUCGCCCUACUCGCCGGGCUCCAGCGACUUCGGGGACCUGUUCUCGCCGCCGCCGGCGGGGAAGCGAGAUGCGUUCGAUUCGCUGUUCGGCGCGAAGCCGAUUAAACGCAAGGGCAAAUCGCACGCUAAGGUGCCGGUGAAGUUUAACAGGAAGAAGGGUAAAGGCAACAAGACGCAAGUGGGCGUCAAGAUAGACGAUGACAACCUGAAGAUCCUGGACGAGCUGCCCAGCUCAGCCGUCGAGAUGCAGGUUAAGAGCAAGUUCUUGAAGAAACUGAAUCGACAAGAACGCGUAGUGGAAGAGGUUAAGCUGGUGCUGAAGCCGCACUACACGCGUAAGCGCGUGUCCAAGGAGGAGUACAAGGAUAUCCUGCGCCGCGCCGUCCCCAAGAUCUGCCACAACAAAACGGGCGAGAUCAACCCCGCGAAGAUCCAGGCCCUGGUGGAGGCGUACGUGAAGAAGGCGCGCAAAAAGCACAAGCUCGGCCUGGCGUAACCGCCCCUUAGUUAAGCUAUUUAUACUUAAUGAAGUAUGAGUGAAGUGAUCAUGUACUAGAUGAAUUCCUUAUUUAACAUAGUUUGCGAUAGAUAUAUUUCUUCACCUGUCGGAUAAUAUUAAUUGAUCGUUAAUUUAAUAAUAAAUAUAUUUUAGUUGGA